AGAAGCUAACACAAUUACUAUUCAUUUUUCAGGGAUGUCAAUACUGGUCUUCUUCAACUUAUGGUUAAUUUUGUGACUUCGUCCCACAAACCAGAGCUCCUGAAUCCCCUUGUUGAGAAAAUUUCAGCCAUACCUGAAGUGGUCAGCAUUGUGAACAACGUAAAUACUUCUGUCGGUAACACAUCUGUUGGUGAGGAUGAGUUCACGUUAUAUGGUAAAUCUACCAUCACAGAGAUCCUAAGAGGGCUUGUUUUUCAAAUUUCAGCCAAUUCUUUCUUUCAGACAAAUUCACACCAGGCGGAGGUUCUUUAUGGACUCAUUGAAGAUUAUGCGGAUCUCAAAGGAGACGGCUCAGAAAUUGUCCUUGACCUUUUUUGUGGAACGGGCACCAUUGGCUUGACACUAGCCAGAAAGGCCAGACAUGUUUAUGGCUAUGAAGUAGUUCCUCAGGCUAUCUCAGAUGCUUGUCGUAAUGCCAAGAUGAACAACAUCAAUAAUGCCACAUUUGUACAAGGAGACCUCAAUAAAAUUGAUUUGAAUUUUGGGAAAAAUUUUCCAAAGCCCGACAUCAUCAUAUCAGAUCCAAACCGUCCAGGAAUGCAUAUGAAGUUAAUUAAAUAUUUACUAAAGCUUCGAGCCCCACGGAUUAUUUAUGUGUCCUGUAAUCCUGCAACAUGUGCACGGGACCUCGAUUACCUCUGUCACGGUGUGGCAGAGCAAAAUAUAGAGGGAUGUUACAAACUAAGAAGCCUACAGCCAGUAGACAUGUUCCCUCACACUCCUCACAUCGAGUGUGUUUGCCUCCUAGAGCUUCAGUGAUAUUUCCUUUAUGAGGGUACUGAAUUUCUCAGAGAUGGUGAUUUUCAAAUAUGAAGACGAGAUAUAUCUCGAACUGGCUCAUUUCCCUAAUUAUGAUUUUUUUAAAAACUUAAUUACAUAACCAGGUGUAUUUUAAACUUUAUUCCCAAACUUGGGAAGGAGCGCCUUUUGAUAAAUAUGCUUUUAAGUUGUUUAGCUGGAAUUGAUAAACAAGUUUAUAAGCUGUUUCACUAAAAAACGUGUUCACUUAACACAUUCUUUUAGUUCGGGAAUAAAGUUUAAAA